AAAUCCGCCUCACGCGCUUUCUGCUCGCGCAGAGCUCAACUCAGGCGCACCAACGGGACCCAAAAACAUAUUUUCUACAGUUUGUUCCUUCUUGAUUCGUACACGAAUUUGCUACUUUGUUUUGGAAAGGGAGACGGUCUCCCUACCUGCGACGUCCGAUGAAUUCUGCGGGGAGAGUCACUUUGUUUUUUCUUUUAAUUGCCCUGAUAACGCAAGAUUGUUUCUCGUCUAAAGGAGAAGACAGGCUCUUUCGUCGUUUAUUCAGGAGGUAUAAUCAGUUCAUUCGGCCAGUGGAAAAUGUGUCUGACCCUGUUACUGUGGAGUUUGAGGUCUCCAUCUCACAGCUUGUUAAAGUGGAUGAAGUCAAUCAGAUCAUGGAAACAAACCUUUGGCUGAGACAUAUAUGGAAUGACUACAAGCUGAAGUGGUCACCAGCAGAGUUUGAUGGAAUUGAGUUCAUCAGAGUCCCAUCCAAUAAAAUCUGGAGGCCUGACAUUGUACUUUACAACAAUGCUGUUGGGGACUUCCUGGUGGAGGACAAAACCAAAGCCCUUUUGAAAUUUGAUGGAACCAUCACUUGGGUCCCACCUGCAAUUUUCAAAUCUUCCUGCCCUAUGGACAUCACUUACUUUCCUUUUGACUAUCAGAACUGCUCUAUGAAGUUUGGUUCCUGGACGUAUGAUAAGGCCAAAAUUGACCUGGUUCUUAUCGGCUCUAAGGUCAACCUUAAAGACUUCUGGGAAAGUGGAGAGUGGGAGAUCAUUGAUGCACCGGGUUAUAAGCAUGACAUCAAGUACAACUGCUGUGAAGAGAUCUACCCAGAUAUAACCUACAGUUUUUAUAUACGCCGACUACCCCUCUUCUACACUAUCAACCUUAUAAUCCCCUGCCUCCUCAUCUCUUUUCUGACAGUACUGGUUUUCUACCUUCCGUCAGACUGUGGCGAGAAGGUGACCUUGUGCAUCUCUGUACUUCUAUCUCUCACUGUGUUCCUUCUUGUCAUUACGGAAACCAUCCCAUCUACUUCACUUGUGAUCCCUCUGAUUGGCGAGUACCUUCUCUUCACCAUGAUCUUCGUAACCCUCUCUAUUGUUAUCACUGUCUUUGUACUGAAUGUGCACUAUCGCACCCCUAUGACCCACACUAUGCCCAGCUGGGUCCGCACUGUCUUUCUUCGAGCUUUACCCCGCAUCAUGCUCAUGCGCAGGCCUCUUGAUCUAUCAGAGUCCUCUGGAAAAGGAGGACUAGAAACUGGGGGCUCGUCCGGGACAGGAGCAGGGCGCGGAGGAGAGGGGAAGAAGAGAAAGAAUAGUGGAUCCCAACAGGGUGCAAUGAACUCUCUGGAAUUUGGAGAGGGGAAAGCAGCAUUGGAAGGAAAGAAAGGAGGAUGCCCAUGUCAUCCACUGAAAGAAGCAACUGAGGGAGAUUGUGGGAAAGUCAGCCGUCAAUUAAGUCCACAGGCUAUUAAUACAGUUGUGGCUUUCUCUGUCGUGUCACCGGAGAUCAAACAGGCUAUUGAAAGUGUGAAGUACAUUGCUGAGAACAUGAGGAGCCGCAACAAAGCUAAAGAGGUGGAGGAUGAUUGGAAGUAUGUUGCCAUGGUGAUUGACCGCAUCUUCCUCUGGGUCUUUGUGCUGGUGUGUGUGUUAGGAACUUUGGGCCUCUUCCUGCAACCUUUGAUUGGCUUCCUCUCGUAAUUAACUAUGAAACACUAACCAACAAUUUUCUGAGUCACUGACAUGCUCCGUAUUUAUUAAUGUCACAUGUUCCGUCACUACAUCAAGACUCUGAUAAUAUAAACUAUACACAGGUGCCCUUGUACAGCAAAUAUCCAAUCAGUUUUCCUCUGCCACUAAUCACUUGGAUGGUUAAAGGCUGAUUUUGGCCUUUUAACAAUCAUUGACUUUGAAACUUGACUAUAAGUGAACCUUCCAAUC